AUGCCGCCGCGUCGACGUCCGGGGGAAAUUCCCGCCACUGAAGGCGAUCCCGACCUCCCGCCACGGCCGUUUCUCCCCACCCCCGAGGACGUUCGCGCGCAAGAGAUGCAAUUCAGCAAAGUCGCCGCGGCCAAGGCGGCGAAAUCGAAAGAUCCCGCCCGGGCGAAGUUUCGUUUGAUGCAGAAUUUUCGUUCGCUUCAGAAAUCCAUCAAGGACGGCGUCGGCGUCGGGGUCUCCGCGCACCCGAUUGACGGGGAUCUCUUCCACUGGCGGGCCGUCAUCGCGGGGCCGGAGCGGACGCCCUGGGAGGGCGGGCUCUUUAAACUCGACCUCGUUUUCACCGAGGAGUACCCGAUGGAGCCGCCAAAGGUGCGGUUUCUCACCAAAAACAUCCUCCACCCGAACGUCUACGUGGAUGGGAAUAUCUGUAUGGAUAUCCUGAAAGGGUUUUGGAGCCCGACGCUGGAUUUGGAGAGUCUGUUGGUGUCGAUCGUCUCGCUGCUUUGCGAUCCGAAUCCGAGCUCCGCGGCGAAUUGCGAGGCCGCGCGGCUGCUGACGGAAAACCGAUCCGUGUACGACUACAACGUCCGGAAAUUGGUCGAACAAUCCCUCGAGCAAUCCUUUAGUGACAUCGAAGACGAGAAUGACGAAGAGUGA